AUGUCUCAGCUAAGGUAUCCUCGGGCACGGGUGCAGUACAGCAAAGUCAAGGUUGGUACCAUUGGCUCGACUUUUGGCGAAGUGGACGACGAGGACGAGGAUGAGGACGACGAAUAUGGUGACGACAGGAGUGCUGCUCGUCUCGAGGAGCCAUCGAUGCCAUCUAUCGGCCAUUUCACGGAGAUUGCAACAUCUUUCAAACUGCCGUAUGCCUACGACGAGAUGCGACCACCUGCGCCGCCGGUCGUGAUUCGUCCUCGGAACAAGGGCCAGCUGGUGCCGCCACGCCAGCCACUCCAAGCGACAGGAGAGGCAGCGCCCUCGACAGAAGCCCAAGCUCCGAAGGAGGCGUCGACGGUGGCAUCUGAAGCACAGGCUCCCGAGGCCCUGGAGGCACCCAGCCUUGGCGCGCUGGGCAGCACGAGCUCGACCCUGGCGAGGCACUUGUGCAGCGAGGCCGCUUGGCGUCAGGCGGCCAACGCGAAGACCUUGCUGCAAGGCAUGCUGCUACAGCGGCUUGGAUGGGAGGUGAAGGAGGCGGUGCCUUCAGCGCCGCCGGCACGGGACAACCACGCGGCCUUUGCUACCUCUUUCGGAAUCCUGAUUUUCGGAGGGAAGCAGCUGGGCCAGCGGCGCUUCUUGAACGACCUCUGGGUUCUGGACACCGGGGGGCGUUUUGACGUCGCCACGGGCCGCUGGGCCGAGGCGGCCGCCCGAGGCGGCGCGCGCGGCGGCGAGGGCCCUGCGCCCAGGGCCUUCAAUGCGGAUGGCGGGGCGGGUCCGGGCGGUGUUCUCCGAGACCGUCUCGGCCGCGAGUGGCUGGUGGUCUUCGGCGGGCUCCGAGGCGAGGGUUUCCGGGACAACGAAACCUGGGCACUGGGUCCCUUGGUGGGCGGCCUGGAGGCAGCUGCCAGCUGGCAGUGGCGGGAGCUGCAAGGAGGUUCCGGGGCUCAAAGCCGAGAGAGGCCCACGCCGAGGUUCCAUCACACGCAGACCGUGCUGAGGCCGUCGACCUUGGCAGUGGUGGGCGGUCACAACUUCAUGGUCAGGCCGAUCUUGGGCUCUGCCCUUCUCAGUUUCGACGUCGAAGUCGAAGGACUGGAGGAUGUGCGCUGGCGGCACCUCGAUGAGGCUGAAGGGGCCCCCGAACCGCGGGCCUACCACGCAGCAGCAGAGUGGCGGCAGCAGCUGGUGCUCUUUGGCGGCGAGGUGCGUAGCCCCUUCAGUGGCUACGAGGUUGAGCGAGACACCUGGCUCCUGGACCUGUCUGGGUCCUGGAGACGCCUCGAUGCCGUGUUCCCCGUAGGCCGCAGCCGAGCAUCGGCCGCCGUUGUCUCGGAUCGUUUCCUUUGCAUCAGCGGUGGCUACGAGCUGGCAACAGGCCUCGCCGCACCCAUGGUCCAGCUGCAAAUUUGCGCGGACCUCUGGAUGCUGGAUUUGCAGAAUCCCGAUGGCGGCUGGAGCAAGGCUUGCGACACUCGGCGUUCCGGGCGCCUGGACGCGAUGUCAACGGUCCUGCAUGGUGGCAAGACGCUGCUGAUCUUCGGGGGCCACGAUGGCUCGCAGUUGAAUGAGUUUGGAGACCCGACGGGAGGCUAUGCGCCGCCUUCGGACACCCUCGGCGUCCGCUUCCGUGCAGACGGCACUGUAGUCACGGCCAGAUAUGCAGGCGAGAGCGCUGGGAACCAGGGUCCGGGUUUGUUGACGAUGGAGCAGAUAUUCGCUCACUUCUGCCGAGACGACAACGGCGAUCGACAGACAUGGAAGCUCUCCACUUUGCAGCUAUGCUGGCAGGCGGAGGAAGUGGAGCACUUGGAUGGCUUGCAGACCAUGGGGCGAGUGGAUACUGCUACUUCCAUGACAUGGGAGUGGAGAGCCGAUCACCUUGCGGCCUGCGGCGCGUUGCCAGCGGGCUUCGCUUGGGAGGCAGACGACUCGGAGGUCGGUGAGCCAGCCGCAAAGCGAUUGCGGACUGAGAGUGAGAGCGAAGGCCAGUAG